AUGAGCGACGGUCUAGAGUCUCGGGAUAUUGCCUCGGAGAUUCUCUCUUGGAUUGACUUGGAACUCAUUUCGUGCACAAAUCUGCAGACUCUGUGGGCUGGCUACGGACACAUAUGCGCCAUUCGGGCGCGGCCCUUGGCGAAGAAUGGAGAGGAUGGUAAUGAACAGUCACUCAUUCUCAAGAUUGUCUCGCCACCCCCCGGUCGUUUGGACGAAAGUCAUUUAAGAAAGGUCUUUAGCUACGAAGUGGAACAAUACUUUUAUCAAGAAGUUGCGCCUUCACUUGGUGACUUGCCACUUGCAAAGUGUCUGGUAUCGACAUCAACCGAAAACCAGAGUAGGAACCUGGGAAAACUCAACGGGUUGACAGCUACACUCUUGACAGACUUGCGAUUGAAGUAUCCCAUAGCUGGAGAAAAGCGAGCGGUUCUUACAUCGACCCAAGUAUAUUCUGCCAUUCGGUGGCUGGCCGAAUUCCACAGCAGCUGCUGGAAGCAGCCAAAAUUUGAUCUACAAAGCCUGAUACUACCACCUCUCCAAGAGGGAAAGCGAAGAGAGGCACAGCAAGACUCAACAAGGCGAGGUUUGUGGCUAAACGGAGGUUACACUUAUCUUGCCACCCGCCGCGAGGAAUAUAACGCACUUGCGCAAGACCACGACUCAGAAUGGUCUCGGGCAUUUUGUCGACCAAUAGAGGCUACAUCGAGUACGGUCGCUGAACUUGCUGCAGAGUUUCUAACACCUACUGGUCGGGACGUCGAAACCUACAUUCACGGCGACGUCAAGUCUGAAAACUUGUUCGCCACCUCAACCGGCGAUCAGGUCGCAUUCUUUGACUUCCAAUAUGCUGGUUUAGGGCUUGGGGUUUGCGACCUGGCGAAGUUGCUUACUUGUUCGGUACCCGUGGAUAUGCUUGUUGCGUCUCGCGAUAUACCCUCUGAACUAUCAAUGGGAGAAGGAGAACGACGUCUUCUAAAGGCGUAUCGGGACGAGUUACUCCGAGGAAGAAAGACUUCUCAUGCUCCAGCGUAUGAUUGGGACGACUUCAAGCGGCACUGGGAGACUGCUUUAGUUGACUGGUGUAGAUUCCAAGCCUCCUGGGGGUUUUGGGGUAAUACAGAUUGGCUGCAGGCCAGAGUGCGAUCCAUCUUACGGCAAGGGGAAUGGCUGAAGUGGAUCACGAAUAGACAAGACAAUAUGGCUUCAGGAUAG